UUGAAGCAAAGUUUGCAAGAUUCACAUGCCAUCACUGCAAAACCUCCUCACUAUCUGAGCGAUCUAAAGUUCUUACUGGGGAUAAAAACAACAUGACAAGACAGGAAAAAGAGUCACCCACACAAACCAAAGACACCACCUUGCAUCGUGGUGCGAGCAAACUCUUUACAGUCUACCACUGAAUCCAUCACUGAAUGAUCACGGCAGAGUGUCUGUAGAGGUUUAACGUGUUUAUUCUUUGCUACAGAGGAAGAAGACAACACUGCUAAGAUGUCACACCUGAACUUAAACAUUUUUAUCUUCAAUUUAUUUUUUCUGAGCUCAGAAUUUGUCUUCAGUUAUGAUUUUAAUGUGAUCCAGCCAACAUCGGUCUCGGUUCAGCAUGUGAACCCAGACCAAACCGCCUCAAUCAGCUGUGAGCAUAAAUCAUACGAAUCUAAACUUAAGGAUGUUCGACUGUACAGAUUGUCACAGCAUGCGAAAGAAGAGCUGCUGUGUCAGAAGGGACAGGCUUGCUGUAACGAUGUCACCCUGAGUCUGAAUUCCACCAAGUUUGUUUUCACUUUUCGAAACAUUAGACCAGAAACAAUAAGAGCCACCUAUCAGUGUGAGAUAACACUGGAGUAUGGCGGUGUGGAUUACACCAGGAGAGGAACAAAUACCGCACUGUUAUAUGAUUUUAAGGUGAUCCAGCCGGAGGUUCAGCAUGUGAACCCAGACCAAACCUCCUCAAUCAGCUGUGAACAUGACUCUUAUGAGUCUAAGCUUCAGGAUGUUCGACUGUACAGAAUUUCACAGAAUGUGAAAGAAGAGCUGCUGUGUCAGAAGGGACAGGCUUCCUGUAAAGAUGUCACCCUGAGUCUGAGUUCCACCAAGUUUGUUUUCACUUUACGAAACAUUAGACCAGAAGCAAUAAGAGCCACCUAUCAGUGUGAGAUAACAGUGGAGUAUGGCGGUGUGGAUUACACCAGGAGAGGAACAAAUACCACACUGUUAUAUGGUGAAAAGGACUGCCCUCCUCUUGAUAAAUCUGUGCUGGGAUGGAUUCUGAUUGGUCUGCUGGCCCUGAUGUUCCUGUACAGCUGUGUUAUCACCUGCCUCUACGUCAGACUGACAGCCACCGUCUGGAAAAACACCAAAGCUUGUGAGAACUCCACCUAUGUGGUAAUGAAUCCUCCAACCCAGAAGAGGCAGCAUGAAGACAUUUACCAAAUGAUGCAGUCUUAGGAUAAACCCUGCACUUGAACAGGCAGUGAUAGACCGUCUUUACCCUCUUUAAUAGUGUUCUACCGAACGGAACCAGCAGGGGGAGACAAAGACUGCCUGAAGAGAUUGUUCACAUUCACACCAGAAGAAGCUACCUGGUCACGGCGACGACAAACUACUUGGCAAUAAAUAUCAUGUAAAUAUAGUUUAGAGAAGCUUUCAGAGAGUUUUAUGUUUGGAUGGAAAAUCUGACGUGAAGCUGUUCAAGUCAGAACAGCGUCAAUAUAAACCAGUUUUUAUUA